AUGGAGAAAGCUGAAGGAACCCAGACGUUGCAGCAAGAAUUGCUGUCCGAUGCUCAAGAUGCAACCAACAAGGAGCACGAGUUGACCUUUUUUCAGGCCAUCAAGCUUUAUCCCAAGGCUGUUGGCUGGAGCGUGCUAAUGUCGACAGCCCUAGUGAUGGAUGGAUACGACACCAAGCUUAUUGGGUCCCUGUUCGCUCAGCCGGCAUUCCAACAGACUUAUCGGAAAGCUUCAAUCGAACGGCAAAUACCAGAUUCCGGCGCCGUGGCAAUCAGGCCUUAA